UUCGUCACUGUCUGCCCGUAACCGCAGUGAUUCUUGACAGUUUUGUGACGGAUACCGUCAUUAUGACGUCAGUAAACCAUACGCGCACAGCUGCCAUGAAGCGCCUCUUAGGUGAUCUUAGGGAACUCAAAGAAUCUGCUAUUUCGGGAAUUUCAGCCAUUCCUCUCGAGGACAACCUAUUCGAGUGGCACUGUAACAUAAUCUGCAAUGAUGUACCCUUUCAUGUUAUUCUUUUCAUCCCAGAACAGUACCCUUUUAAACCACCGUCUGCAGACUUUUUGCCUUUCGGUCUGACCAGUCCAUAUGGUGCAUACAAAACAGGCACAAAGGGUAUGAACUUUUGCCUUUCCAUAUUAUCAGACUAUGAAAAUUAUCACAACGAAUGGAGGGAUGAACAAGGAUUCAACUGGAGCCCAAGCUACACAAUCCAAACCAUUCUCAUAAACAUAGCAUCGUUUUUGUCCCAAUACAAUGCAGGGGAGAAGGGCACCAACCGUGAACUGUUAACCGACCCGAAAUUAAAAUGUGAAGAUUGUGGCCAUACAACAGAGACACCAUUCCCUCCUCUGCUGGAACCCGUGACUACAGACUCUGCCGGUGCUUCCACAUCGUCCUGUUCACCUCCAUGUCUGCCGGCCAUAACGUGCUAUGUAUCACGACAACGAUACGACGCCAACAGCAGACCGGAGUCAACCGACGAUAUCUAUGGCUUUGGGUUAGACUAUCACGGCCCAAACAAACGCAAAUUUUGGUCGUCUCCAUGUGAGGUGCUAACGCUCAAAGCCUUUAAGAACAUGAAAGAGGCAAACUAUGUACGCAGUUCUACCAAUGAAGAGAUAACUCACUUUUUGCCACUGGUGAUAAACGAGAAUCAGGCAGACUGUAUUCAGGAGGAGUUUGAAAACUCUUUAAAGACCAUAUUCCAAGACUUGAGUUUACACUUGAGAAUUAGCAAAAAGCCAAAGAUAGAGGAAUGGGUCGUGGAUUUCCUUCCAAAUGUUAUGGCCACAACUAUAGAAGACUUUUGUGGAGCUCUGGAGGGCAGUGGCACUUUGCUGGCGGGGUUUUUCCAGUUACAUCGGCUGUUUCUAUGGGCGGUGAACACGUAUCCUAGCCUGCAGGAUAUGAUUGACCAGAAAAUACAGGCAUUCCUCGAUGACCCUUUGACCCGACAUAAGGCGCGCUGUCCUUAUCUUGAAGAAUGGCUUAUGCUGCUGACAGUGACUUCAAAGUUUAGCUGGCGUAAUGUUUCCUGCGUCUUCUUGUCAGAGGCUCGGCGCAGAAACGUGCUGCAACUGGUGCAGGAGAAUCAUCGCUUAGGUGAUUCAAGCGAGGAUAAAAGCUACUUACUAGAGAAUACUUUUAACAUGACAAACAAGGAAAAACGGCGACUUAUUGUACAGGUUGCUUUCAUAAACGUUGCGCGACCAAGUGGCUUAAGCAUGGAGGAGAUUGUUCAGCGUCUUGACAACAAUUUGGGAUUUCCCUCAACUGAAAUGGAAGCCGAAAUAAGACAUGCACUAAAAAUGUGUCGUGACGUCAAAACGUAUUCCGAUUGGUAUAUGAUGUUGAAACUAGAGACACCCUCUGAGGAAACCAUUCACCGUCAGCUCCUUGAUGCCGUCGAGUACGCCAUUAGAACCACUGGUUAUCACUCCAAAUCUCGCGCAAAGUCCAAUGGCUGGAGUCGGUUGAUUGAAAAGAGAAAGCGACAACAGAAAAAGGCUAAAAAAGAGGCCAAAGAGCUCAACAGAAACGUCAGUGUAACCUGUGAAUUCGCCCCGAAACAUGUGUGGCAAGCCCUACUAGAGGAAAGGACGGAGAGACUGAAAAAAGCAAUCAGUGACGUUUGUCCUGACUUUAGAGAUAGGUCCCUGAAGGCAGCCUGCGCUUUAGAGCACGUCGAGGCCAUGGACGUUGAUGGUAGUGAACAACAGGACAAAAACGAAGGCCAAGGAAAUGGUUUUCUAGAGGAUGAUAGGCCAAACCUAAGACCGGAACUUAGUUUGAAGAGGUUAAGAUCCUUUAAGGAAAUGAGACAUUCGGAGUUAUUCCAUGGAACUGUGUCAGUGGGCAGACCGAGAAGAAUUAUGUCUUGCCUGAGAUUUUAGGCAGCGACAUAAAUGGGGAGUGCAAUGUUACCUGUACUCUGUAAUGCCAUUACCUGGUUAACAAUAACAAUGGCCGUACAGUGACAUUAAAGGGGAGUGCAAUGUUACCUGUACUCUGUAAUGCCAUUACCUGGUUAACAAUAACAAUGCACAAAUGACCCGUCCCAUUUACACGGAGUAGAAAUCUUAAUAACAAUGCUAUUGUUGUACAUAUCAUUGAAAGAUCUCCAUGUAUUUUUGAUACAUUCUGAUGAUUGUGUGUCAAGUUCUAAUCACCAAAACCCAGUGCUAUUCAUGAAAUGUAAUAUAUACAAAUGCAAAUGUUUCAUAUAAUAAAAACAUCCGUCAUUGCUUAUUAUCAA